AUGCCCUUGGACUUGGCCUAUCUAGGCGCAACUGAUGGCGUGUGGGCCGCUUUCGACAACAAUCACCAACAAUUUUUCGAACAAAAGAUCGCAUUUGAAUCAUUGCCCAAUGUCAAACUGUCUCGGUCGCUGGACCAUGAUGGUCGCCCCAUCAAUGUUGCUCAAGCAAGUUCUCUGCAUUCUGAUCAUGUGACGAGGCUGAGUCGGGACUGA